AUGUCACACUAUCGUUAUAUUGCACCAGAAUUGAUUAAAUAUACCCCGAGGAAUGAUGAGAUUCCAGCAGAUAACGCCAAAGUUUAUGCAUUUGAUUUAGAUCAUACACUUAUUCAACCAAAAACUCCCAAGGCUAUAUUUUCAAGAGGCCCUGACGAUUGGAAAUUUAUGGAAUUUAGAGAAGGAGAACAGUCUUUAAAAACUCUCAUUAAUAUUUGUAAAUAUGACUCUAAGGCUCAUAUCGUAAUAUUUACAAAUCAAGGUGGUGUUAUUACAAUGCCGCCUACUUCUAAAAGUUGUAGUACAUUCACUUCAAAGAUAGGAAAUAUAUUCAAAUAUAUUUCGAAACAGGAAGAUGGGUAUUUGCUUCUUUCCAGACUCUGGUUAUAUUCUUCAACAAUGAAACCUGCCGCAUUAUUUCCUAAACAGAAGAAACAGGCUUCAAAGAAAUCCAUAACUAAACAGUCAACUCUACCAUUUCUCAAAAAGCCUAACGAGAGUAUGAAAGAAAUAGAUAGUUCACAUAAAUCUUUGGAAGAAUUAUUCAAUUCAAUGAGAAAACCAGAAGUAGGAAUGGGAGAACAAUUCAUUAAAGAUCUACAUAAAAGAAAUGACACUAUAACAAAACAAAAUAUGAAUUGGGUAUAUUACUGUGGUGAUGCAGCAGGGAGAUCAUCUGACUUCAGUGAUGCAGAUAAAAUGUUCGCCAAGAAUAUGGGCAUCGAUUUCAAAACUCCCGAGGAAGUAUUUAUCUCAUGA